AUGGGUAAGAUAGCCAGUAUUGAGUACUUUCGCGUACCACCACGAUGGCUCUUCGUCAAGAUCACAGACGAGCACGGCAAUUCCGGUUGGGGUGAAGCUUCACUGGAAGGCCACACUCAAGCAGUCGAAGGAUGCUUAGAUGCCUGGGCAGAGAGAUAUGUUGGGUUUGAGGCUGAUGAGAUUGAGCACAUCUGGCAAAUGUCAUGGCGAACUAGCUUCUACCGAGGCGGACCAGUGUUUAUGAGUGCACUAGCAGGAAUCGAUAUUGCACUUUGGGAUCUCAAAGCGCGAAAGCUAGGCGUACCGAUUUAUCAGUUGCUCGGUGGGAAAGUGAGAGAUAAGCUGAAAGUGUACGCUUGGAUAGGCGGAGAUCGGCCGGCUGAUGUGUUGGUGCAAGCGCAAGCCAGGAAGGACCAAGGCUUCACGGCCGUGAAAAUGAAUGCCACAGAAGACGCCGCCUGGCUCGACUCUCCCUCCAUCUUGCACUCAGCAGUCGAGCGACUGAAAACUGUAAAAGAUCUCGGCAUGGAUGCAGGCAUGGACUUUCACGGUCGCAUCCACAAACCCAUGGCCAAGCAGCUAGCCAAAGCCCUCGAGCCGCACCACCCCCUUUUCAUUGAAGAGCCGCUCCUCUCAGAGCACAUCGGCGGCAUCAAAGCUUUGUCGCAAAUCACCUCGUGUCCCAUUGCUUUAGGCGAGAGGCUACACAGCCGCUGGGAUGUCCGUCCCUUCCUCGAAGCAAACUGCGUCGACAUCCUGCAACCAGAUAUCUCACACGUAGGCGGCAUCUCAGAAAUGAAACGUAUUGCCUCCAUGGCCGAGACAUACGACGUCGCAUUAGCACCGCACUGUCCAUUGGGACCCAUUGCGCUCGCUGCCUGUGUGCAAGUGGACUGUACGCUUGCGAAUUUUGCGAUCCAGGAGAUGAGUUUGGGCAUUCACUACAAUGCCGGAAGUCAAGAUUUGACGAGCUAUACGAAGAAUCCUGAAGUGUGGGACGUGAAGGAGGGGUAUAUCGAGCUGAUGAAAGGCCCGGGUUUGGGGAUUGAAGUCGAUGAAGAGAUGGUACGACGGUUGAGUAAAGACGCAAAGGCGUGGGUUAGCCCUGGGUUCAUUGGACCUGGCGGAGAGGUUCGGGAGUGGUGA